AUGCGCGGCCAGACGAGGACCGUCACGCGUCGGCCCGCAGCACGCGCCAGCCCUCCCCCAUCGCCCAGCGCAAGCGACUCCGAAAGCGCAUCCCCCGCGCGGCCUGCCAAGCGGCGCAAGACAGCCUCUUCAACCAGCAGCAAGAUCGACGCCUACCGAAAGAUCCUCCACCAGUCCACCGCAGACCUCAAGCCGAGCCUGCCGCCGACGCGAUGCCACACGCUCGCGUACCACAAGCCGCUGCUCCUCGACGGGGGGCGCGGCGCCGACGGCCGCGCCGCCUUCCUGUCCUGGUUCGACUCUGUGAGCGCGACGCGCGCCAUGCCGUGGCGCAAGCCGUGGGUGAACCCCGCCGACUUUUCCUCCGAUGACGACGCUGCGCUGCGGAGGACCCUCGAGAAGCGCGCGUACGAGGUCUGGAUCAGCGAGAUUAUGCUGCAGCAGACGCGCGUCGCCGUCGUGAUUGAGUACUGGAACCGGUGGAUGGAGAGGUGGCCGACGAUCCAGGACCUGGCGGCCGCCACCGCCGACGACGUGCUGGCCGCGUGGCGCGGCCUGGGCUACUACAGCCGCGCGACGCGCAUCCACGAGGCCGCCAAGCUGGCCGUCGGCGACUCGUCCAUGCGCGGGCUGCUGCCAUCGUCCGCAAAGGACCUCGCCGACAGGAUCCCCGGCGUGGGGCGGUACACGGCGGGCGCGAUUUCGUGCAUCGCGUUUGGCCGGCCGGCGCCCAUGGUGGACGGCAACGUGCUGCGCGUGCUGAGCCGGCAGCUCGGCCUGUACGGGAACAUCAAGACGGACAAGGCGGUGAUUGACAUGAUCUGGGUCGCUGCGGAGGAGCUUGUGAAUGCGGUGGCUCUCGACGGCCAAGACGACAAAACAGUCACGCCAGACGACACGAGGAGCGACGGACCAGGGCGCUGGGGACAGGCGCUCAUGGAGCUGGGCAGCACGGUGUGCGCGCCCAGGCCCAACUGCGGCGAGUGCCCCAUCACCGCGACCUGCCGCGCCUACAGCGAAGGGCUUGCCCUGAGCAACAAGUCAAAGAAUACCGAGGACAUCAUCACAGACAUGGAAGACAUGUGCGGCGUAUGCGAACCCUUUGACGAAACCGACGACAUUGAGAACCAGCCUCCCGCGGCCGCCAAAAAGGGCGGCAAGCAAGCCACGCUCUCUGCCUUUUUCACAAAGCCCGCCUCGACCAAACCACCCGCCAAAGCAGCAAAAGUCGACGUCGAGGCCAUUGCCAACCACGCGCGCAAGUUUCCCGUCAAAGUCGCCAAGAAGGCGGUCCGCGAGGAACAAACGCUCGUGUGCGCCGUCGUGCGCGGCGACGGCAGGCACCUGAUCCACAAGCGGCCGGCCAAGGGCCUCCUGGCCGGGCUGUGGGAGUUUCCGAGCUCGAUGCUCGAGAGGGACGUCACGGCGAGCCAGCGCCAGAAGCUGGCCAAGGAGUUUAUCGCGGGCGUGCUGGACGAGGAGGAGGUUGAACAUGUGGGAGAGCUGGGGAGCGUGCCGUGGCUGUUUUCGCAUAUUAAGCUGACGAUGCAUGUGCAUCUGUUCAGGCUCGAGGGGACAAAGGACGUGGGUGUGGGAGGGACGGCGAGUGGACGGUGGUCGGAGGAGGUGGACACGGAGUCCAUGGGCACGGGGAUGCGGAAAUGCUGGGAUUUGGUCAAGGAGGCCGCAUAA